CGAAAAUGCCGGUUAAGUUUGAAAAAUUGUUGGAGCAUUACUGGUUUCAUGGAGAGAGAGCAAGAGAGAGAGAAAAAAAUGGAAAAACAAAUAGAGAGAGAAAGUGUGGCAAAAAAGAGGGUGAAAAAAAAAAGAAAGAGAAUGUAAGAAAACAAAAAGAAAUCGAAGGAACCUCUGAGAAGGGACAUUCAACUCCCUUCUCCUUGUUCCUUCUACCACCCUUCCCCAUCCAUUGUUCAUCUUCCUUUAUCGAAUUAGUUCUCCCUCCCAAGAGUGGUGAGGGAAAACUGAGAAAAGGAAAAACGAAAUUGAGAAAAAGAGGUAAAGAAAAAGAGAAAGAAGAAGCACAAAUUUUCAACACGUGCAAUUUUAACAGUAUUGGAGGAGAUGAUUAUUGUAUUUGCAUAAGGAAUAGAAGAAAGAAAGAGUAAUCAAAAUCAGAUCUAGGUUUGGAAAAAAAAUACCAAAAGCAAAAAAAAAAAAAAUAAAGAAAGAAAAAAAAUUGAUUGUGUUAAUUGCAUUGCAUUUGUAAUAUGAACAACAAUACCUCCAAUCAGAACAUGGUGACUCCUUCUCCUUCCAUAGCCGCCUCGGCCGAACCUCCAAAAACUAAAAGGCUUUACCAAGUUUGGCCAGGGAACAAUAAAUUUCUAUGUGGUGGAAGGUUAGUCUUUGGUCACGAUGCAUCGUCUCUAUUUUUAACAUCGUUCCUGAUUGGAGGUCCUGCAAUAACUUUCUGUAUAAAAAUGCUAGUAGCAUUGAAACACGGGCAUCCUAUUGCUAGCCAGCCUAUACUGAUUGGAGCAGCAGUUCUCACAAUUUUGGAUUUUAUUUUUCUCUUCCUGACAUCCGGUAGAGAUCCAGGAAUUAUUCCGAGGAAUUCACGUCCACCUGAAGAUGAAGCAUUUGACCUGAGUACACCAUAUCUUGACUGGAUGAGCAAUAAAACCCCUAAUGUGAAAAUACCCAGAAUUAAGGAUGUUAAAGUCAAUGGUAUGACGGUGAAGGUGAAAUUUUGUGACACAUGCCUAUUGUAUCGUCCGCCGCGUGCUUCUCAUUGUUCUAUCUGCAACAAUUGUGUGCAGAAGUUUGAUCAUCAUUGUCCCUGGGUUGGUCAAUGUAUUGGAUUACGCAACUAUCCAUUCUUCAUAUUGUUCAUAUCAUCAUCAACUUUGUUGUGUUUGUAUGUUUUUUCAUUUUCUUGGGUUAACCUUGUACGGCAAAAGGGUAGCUUGUGGUUCGCCAUGUCACAUGAUUUCAUAUCAGUUGCUCUCAUUGUAUAUUGCUUCAUAGCCAUCUGGUUUGUGGGUGGACUAACAGUUUUUCACUUGUAUUUGAUUUCUACCAAUCAGACAACUUAUGAGAAUUUUCGGUACCGCUAUGAUAGGAAGGAAAAUCCAUAUAGAAAGGGACUAGUGUCAAACUUUAAAGAACUAUCUUGUGCUAGAAUCCCAACGUCAUUGGUCAAUUUUAGAGAGUGGGUUGCCGAAGAGGAUGAUUAUCAAGAUGAAUCCUAUAGGACAUAUAAUUCAGAGUUUGAUAAAAGUUUUGUGAACCCAAAACAGAAAUUUGACAUGGAAAUGGGAACAAUGUACGGCAAGGAUAGUAUGCGAGUUCCUAAUAUUUUAAAGGAUUUGGAUUAUAGUGGU